AUGGACGUAAGGAAGGCGGCCAUCAUCAAGGACAGUCCAGUGGAGCUGGGUGGGCGGUGGCAGCGCUGCCGCGUCGUGAGUCGCCAGGCCCAGGGUGCAGACGCCUACCGCGUGUUCCUGCUGGACGAGGGCCGCUCCGUGUGCGCUGCCGCCCACCACCUGGCGCGGGGCCGGCCCGAGCUCUUCCAGUUGCCCUCCGAGGUGCUGGGCUGCGUGCUGGCCGACCUGGUGCCACCGGGCGGCUGGGAGCUGGUGGGUGUUGCCUGGCCCGCGGGCGCGGCUGACUUCCUGUCCUGCCUGCAGGGCAAAGAGGUGGCAGGGCAGGUGCGCGAGGUGCUGCUGCCGCAGCGCCUGGUGGUGCUGGAGCUGCCCUGGCUGCUGGCGCAGAUGCAGCACCUGGGCCUGGCGCAGCAGGCGGCGCCCAGCACCUUCCGUGCCCUGCUGCAGCGCUGCCUGGCACCCACCUCGGCCCUUGUGCCGCAGCCGGCCCCGUUGCCUCCCGCCACUGCCGCCCCCACCGAUUACUUCUACCCGCGCCUGCAGCCGGGGGUGACGGAGCCAGUGCUGGUGACGCAAGUGUCGGACCCGCAGCGCAUCUACUGCCAGCUGCGCAGCCUGUCGCAGGAGAUCCGGCGCCUCUCAGACACCAUGCGCCAGCUGUACGAGGCGGCGUCUGGGCGGGGGCAGGAGCAGGAGGCGCCAUCCAAGCCAGGCUCGCCCUGCGCUGCCCGGGGCAUUGAUGGGCAAUGGUACCGUGCGCUGCUGCUGGAGACAUUCACGGGUGAGCUGGGCCGGCCGCUGGCCCAGGUGAUGUGUGUGGACUACGGCAGGAAGGAGUUUGUGAUGGGCACCAACCUGCACCGCCUGCCCCCCGAGUGCUUCCGCAUGCCCGUGCUGACCUACCCGUGUGCGCUGCAGGGCAUCUCGGACGGUGGCUGCGGCUGGUCCCGCUCGCAGCUCAGCGAGCUGAAGGCGCUGCUGCUGGGCAAGGCGGUGAGUGCCCGCAUCGACGCUUACAGCUCCUUCGAGCACCUCUACUACGUGAGCCUGUAUGGCGACAACGGCAUCAACCUCAACUGUCUCUACGGUGUGCAGGCACACUGCCUGUCUGCCAGCCUGCUGCACAGUGGUUCAGAGCUGCCCGAUGCUGCCGCUGAGGAGCCAGAGCAGCCACCUGGGGCGCCCCCGGCUGCAGCAGCAAUGCACAAGGUUCCAGCCCCCGCCGCCCGCCUGCCCGUCAUACGGCUGAAGGCAGGAGUGUUCUGCAAAGGGCAGGUGUCCUUUGCCCGGGACCCGGGCGAGUUCUGGCUGCGGCUCCAAGAGCACAAGCAGCCCCUCGGCCAGUUGAUGCGGAGCAUGAGCGACUUCUACUCCCGAGCCCAGAAGCUGGAGGCCGUGCUCCUGGAGCCACAGCUGGGCUCCCUUUGCUGUGCCAAGUGGAAGGAGAAAGCCUACUAUCGUGCCCUUGUCACUAGGGUGCUGGGCAAAGGCGUGGAAGUGCACCUGGUGGACCGAGGCAACACUGAGACCUUGGACUGGUAUGAGGUAAAAGAGCUGCUCCCUCAGUUCAUGGAGCUGCCUGCUGUGGCUCUGAAGUGCUGCUUGGCAGAUGCAUCCCCUUUGGGGGAGAGUUGGAGCAAGGAGUGCGUGUCCUACUUCAAAAGGGCCGUGCGGAACAAGGAGCUGACAUUCCAUGUGUUGGGUACACAGGCUGACAAGUAUGUGGUCGAAAUUCUGGACCAGUCCCAAACAGGAGAGAAAAAUGUAUGCAAAAUCAUGACCUGGGGAGGAUAUGCUAAAUUCCAGGGGGCUGAGGUUCCGCAGGUACAUAAGAAGGCACCUGCUGAGCGUCUGGGGCAGGAUUCCAAAUGGGGUGCUGAGGAGGGGAAGCAAGCCAGUGCUACAGAUAGAAUAGAAAUAGAGCCCAAACCAAAAAUAGAUCACACAGCGUUCAACUCAUCUGCAGCUUUGGUCAAAGACCAGCCCAGUGAUGAUUUAAGUGACUCACUUUCUGAUAAGGAAAAAAUGCCCCCAAAUCUGCCCUGCUCUUUUGCUCAAAACUACUUAGAAAUCAAACCAGGACUUUCUCCUUAUGAAGAUCAGCUGGAAGUAGGAAGCACAGUUGAUGUGGUAGUGUCCUGUGUUGAAAGUCCUGGCUACUUUUGGUGUCAACUAAGGAGAAAUUCCCAAGAGCUUAAGAAACUAAUGGCUGCAAUUCAGGACUAUUGCAAAGAUUCAGCACAGCCACAUUAUUUGCCAAAUCCUGUAUGUUUAGCCAAGUAUUCAGAGGAUGAGAAGUGGUACAGAGCUUUGAUUCUUAGUGGAAUACUUCCCAAAGAAGAGGUAGAGGUGAUAUAUGUAGAUUAUGGGAACAAGGAUGUGGUUUCUCUUAAGAAUUUGUGUUCAAUCAAUGCAGAUUUCCUUAAACUGAAGGCCCAGGCUUUCAGAUGUAGUCUUUACAACUUAAUUCAGCCAAGUGGUCCUGAUCCUCUUGUUUGGGAUGAAGAGGCAAUUUCAGCUUUUCAGGAAUUUGUUGAUGCCUCCACGGAGUGUUUGCAACUGAAUUGUACAAUAUUUGCUCUGGCUGCGGUGAACAACAAAGGGCUAUUUAAUAUUGUGGAUUUAAUUACACCUUUUGAAAGUGUCUGCCAUUUUCUAAUAGAGAGAGGUUUAGCCAGACCAGUACAACCUCAGAGUCCUCUGGCAUCCUCUGUUCAGCUUUAUUCUUAUUAUUAUUCUACGCACGACAUCAAAAUUGGCAGUGAGGAAGAGAUUUAUGUAACGCAUGUAGAUGAUCCAUGGAAGUUCUACUUCCAACUUCAAAGAAGUGCAGAUGCUCUAGAGCAGCUCACAGAUAGCAUUGAUCAACUCAACAAAGUACUGGCCUGUUUAAAAAUGUCUCAAGGCUCUGGAAACUUGUGUCUUGCAAAGUAUACUGACAGUCACUGGUACAGAGGAAUAGUUACAAAAACAAAGCCUAACAAGGAAGUAUAUUUUGUGGAUUUUGGAAACACAGAGGUAGUAAAGAAAGAAGAUAUUCUUCCUAUACCUAACGAUGCUUAUGAUAUCUUGCUUUUGCCAAUGCAAGCCAUAAAAUGUUCAUUGUCUGAUAUCUCUAAUGUAUCAGAAGAAGCUACUGAAUGGUUUACAAAAGCUGUCUUAGAUAAGCAUUUAAAAGCAAUAAUUGUAGCAAAAGAAUCUGAUGGAAAACUGAUGAUUGAACUCUAUGAUGGUAAUAUUCAAAUUAAUGCAAAAAUGAAACAGGAUUUUAGCUUACCAAAUAGUAGAGCGACUCACAGGCACCCAGAAAAUGAAACUUUACACUCUAAACAUCAAGACGCUAAAGAAGAGAGAAAUGAAAAUGUGAAGUCAUUUACAACAUCCACAAGUAAGCUUACUGAGAGAGAGAAUUGGAGAUCUGAAAUGCAGAGAGGAGAGAGCAGUUGUAAAACCAGUUUUAUUUGUAAGGAAGCAAAACUGCUCCCAUCUCCUAAAAAAAGAGAAUCGUUAUUUGAUCCGUGGAAAGGAUCUGUGGAAAGGUUUAACAAUAACAAAGCCUUUCCUCUUGAUAAAGUAGAAGAGUCCCCUCUUCCCAUUAGGAAGGAAGCUAUGGGGUCUGUUGCUGUUCUGUCUGAUACUGCUGGAAAUAGAGAUCAGGGAGAAAAUAGUGUAUAUGUUCCUUUAAAAAAUCUGUCUGAUCUGCAUCAAAAGAACUUAAUACCUGGACUUAAAACUUUAGUAUAUAUUUCUCAUGUCAAUAACCUUUCAGAUUUGUAUAUUCAGCUAGCAAGUGAUGAAUCUCAACUUAAUAGCAUUUCAGAGACAUUAAACAAUGGAACAAGAAGAGAGAAUCUCUGUAAACAGCAGUUGAAAACAGGAGACUUAAUCGGUGCUGCUUAUUCAGAAGAUGGUUUAUGGUAUAGGGCUGUAAUUAAAGAGAAAUCUUCUGAAGAGCUGAUUAGUGUUCAGUAUAUAGAUUAUGGCAAUACUUCAGUAGUUAACAUCAGUGAAACUUGUAAUCUCCCCAAAGACACUACAGUAAUUCCAGUGAUGAGCAUCCAUUGCCUCCUUGGUGGACUUCAAGCUGUAAGUUGUCUAGACUGGACACGGGAAGCAAUGCUCUACUUCUCUGAAAGAACAAGCGAUGUUCAGAUAAACUGUGAAUUUGUAGAGAAGGUCAAAGACAAAUGGGAAAUUCUUCUCAGUGAUGACCAAGGCAUGAUAGCAGUGGAUUUGAUUGAAAAAUUUGCAGUGAGAGAAGGCUCUCAAUUAUCAGAAAUGCGUGACAGAGAUGAGAGUAGGUGUGAUGUUCCUAAUGACUUACCAGACCUGUCUUGUGAUGAGCAAAACGAAAUUUCUCAUCUAAAUGACACUGAAACAUUCUCCUGGAAGAUUCCUGAGGUAGGUCAGACUGUAGAAGUGUAUGUCACUAUGGUAAAGGGUCCAGGAUAUUUUUGGUGUCAGAUUGCUGGCACAGAAAGUAUAAACUACCUGGAAGAAAAACUGCAGGUUGCUGGAGAACUUUCAGUAAAUAGCAUGGAUGACUUCAGAUCUAGUAUUAAAAGUGGUGCCAUUUGUAUAGUGAAAAGUAGUGAAGAUGAAAAAUUUUACAGAGCAGAAAUUAGAAGCAUAAAAGGUACCAGCCUAAUUGUGAGACAUGUGGAUUAUGGAACUGAGGAGGUCUUUGAUAGAGAGGUGGUCAGACAAGUUCCUGAUGAACUGCUCGCAAUACCUAAUCAAGCAUUUGCAUGCUGUCUGUCUGGAUUUGAUUCUUCAGAGGGCUCCUGGAUUAGUGAAAUAAAAGACAAGUUUCAUGACAUGAUUGCAGAAUCUUUACUAGAGAUCACGAUAAUAGAAAUAAAAAAGGAUAAUCCAACUGGAAUUCCUUUAUGUAGUGUUAAAAUGCAGUGUAAUGGAGUAAGCAUUAAUGAAGAACUGAGUUGUUUUUGGAAGCCAAACCUAGGAAACGGUGACAAGAUUUCAGCAAACAUUGAGAAUACAUCUGAGGGAAAGAAUGAGAGUACAGGGAUAAGUAAUAAAGACCUUUUUGUUCUUGAAGAGACAUCCUCUGCAGCUUGGAGUCAAGUACAGAAAGAAAAUCAGAGUGCCAUCCUUGAUCCAGAACUAUUCCAUCCAACAGAGAGCGACUGUCUACAUACUUCAAAAACACCAUUUCCACUGGAGGACGUGGAAGUGGUUUUACCCACAUCUAAUGGAGAACAUCAAGUCAAGCAUCAAACAAGUUUUGAAACUUUUGGUAAAGAGAGCCCUUUACUUGAGAAUGAGAGCAAUAGUAAAAUAUUUUUAGAACCAGAAAUAGCUGAUGUGCAAGUUCUUUUCAGUAGUGAGACAAAGAACUUAAAACAUAAACCAUCUAUAAUGGAAGUCUUGGAUAAUGUACCCCAAACGGAGAUGUUAGAAUUGACAGUUGAUGGACAGUCUUUGAGUGACACAAGUGAAGAGCUACUAAAAUUACAGUCACAAUAUGAGCAACCUUCCCUGGGUGAUGAAAUAAAGAAUCUAAUGGAACUGGACCAUUUUCAAACACAGUCUUCGUAUGAUGAAAUAAGAGACCUUCUACUGGAACUAAGCUCACUUGAAAUGCAGUCUUCUCUGGAUGAGAGAACAAAGGAGAUGUUGGAAUUGGAAUUUCUUGACGAGCAGCUUUUGGGUGAUGAAACAAGGGAUUUGGUGACUCAGAAAUCACUUGAAAUUUCUCCUUCACUUGAAGAAAGAGAGAACUUGCUGGAGUUCAAGUCACUUGAAAUGCAGCCUUCAUUUGGUGACGAUAGAGAGGAGACAUUGGAACCGCUACCAUCCAAUGUACAAUUUUCUUUGGUUGACGAAAUAGAGAGAUUGAAAUUGGAUUUGGAUAUGCUUCAAGUUCAUCAAAUGAGAUCUUUAGCUGAGGAAGUACUGGAAAUGAAGUCUCCCCAAAUACCUUCGUUAUUGGAUGAAGCUGGGAAAGAACUGGAAGUAGGGACGCAUCAGGCAGAGAUUGUACUUCAUGGCACAAUGAAGGAGCCAAUGGAACUGGUGCCAUCUGAAGUGCUGGCUUCUCUGGGUGAUGAAGCAAAAGAUGAUGUGCUGGAGUUAGAAGAAUCUGUAUUACAACUUUCUGCAAAUAGUAUAGUUCAGCUUUCUGCUCUCAAAACGGACAUAAAGCAAGGAGCUGUUUACAGUGUGGAGUUAUGUAAUGUAGGGCUGCUUGACACUAAACAUGAAGAAUGUGCAGAACAGCUUAGUGUGCAGGAGAUGAGUUCUGCAGAAGAACAGAUGAAACAAGGUUGUCAUAAAGUAUUUAAAGAAUAUGGAGAUCCAUAUGCAAGUGGGGAGCCUUUGGACGAAGAAACUGAAAUAGAAAAGCAAGAUGACUCUUCUGCUGAUCACAGUGCAGAACAACGUGCCUGUGGAGCCUGCAAUCUAGAGGGGUUUGCUGUUGGUUCCAAAUGUGUGGUGUGGACAUCCCCGAAGUGGUGUGAGGCUCAAAUUUUGGAGGUAACGGAUGAAGGUACCAGGGUUUUGAAUCUUUCAAAUGGUAACGAGGAGAUAGUAAAUCCGGAGAAUGUUUGGAAUGGUAUUCCUGAGCUUGCAAGGAGUCCAUCUGAGGAACCAACUAAUGCAGCUGAUAACUUGUAUCCCUUGUCACUAGACGCCUCAAUGUUUCAAGAAAAAGGAACUUGUUAUGAUUCAGAAGUAACCAGUCCUUGUAUGGCAGCCAACAUCCCUGAAAAGGCAUCUGAGUGAGGCUUCUUGUUCAUAAGCUCCUUGUGAUGAAGAAAGUUUUCUGAGCAUCACUUUCCUGGAUAUUACUGAAUAAUACGUUGUAAGAAUAUUUGAAUGUGGUUUUCAAGCAGAUGCAUCUAACUACAUAAUCCACUUCUGCAAUACUACUUUGCACUUGUUGGUAAGCUACCAAAUGCCUAAAUGAGAGAGAGGUUUUUUCAGUGUUAAUGUGGUUUUAAGAAGUUAGAUGCUGUCUUUGCUUGAACAACAAUUUGUGCAUUAGACCUAAUAAAUUUUAGCUACCAGUGUGUUUUGCUAAUUGCUAACAACUUUAAGAAUCUAAUUAGGACAACAGAUACACUAUACUAAUGCUAUUUCUAUUGGAGGUAUACAUGCUUUAAGCUUAAAUUAGUUUAAAUGAGUUAUUUGAAUAGGUUUGUCAACAUACUACUGUAUAUUAUGGAACACUGCUUUCUGUGCAGUUUCUGACAAUGUUACUGUGUAGGAAUAACUUUUUUCUAAAACAAGCAGAGACUAUUUUUCACUCUUUGAGGCUUUUUCUUCCACAUUUUGAUAUAAAAAUCUUCAGUUUGAACUCCUUUAGUUUGGUUUUGUAGCAGAACAAUGGAAGAAGCUGAAAUAAAGCUUUAUACUGUGACACAUUCA